GUCAAAUUGCGAUCUGUCAAAAGCUCUCAGAAGAAAAAAGGGUGUUUGUGAUAGUUUAAUUGACGAUUAUUUGCGAUUUAUUAACGAAAAUGUCGUUGUUCGGUUCGUUGAUGGGUGAUAUGGAAGACGAUCCGAUAUUUGGAUCUCACAUGCGCACUAUGCGUCAAAUGAACAACAUGAUGAAUUCUCUCUUUGCUGACCCAUUCGGAAUGAUGGCAGCCUCCCCAUUUAACGAAUUCGAUAAUCGUGCUUUGACACACCGAUCAAUGCACAACACUUUAAUGCCAUUCUCUAUGCCAAUGAUGCCAAAUUACAACCGCUUGAUGGGCGGUUCUUUGGAUUCUUUGGGAGGUGGUUUGGCCCAUGGUGGCCAUGGAAACUCCCAUUUUAGCAGCUCAAGCACUGUGGUCAGUAUGACGUCGGGUCCGGACGGCAGGCCUCAGGUGUACAAGGCCACGUCGAGCACCCGCGUGGCCCCGGGCGGCAUAAAAGAAACGCAAAGAACCGUCACGGACAGUCGCUCGGGCACCAAAAAAAUGGCGAUCGGACACCACAUCGGCGAGCGGGCUCACAUCGUCGAGAAAGAACAGAACAUGCACACCGGCGACAGAGAGGAACGCGAGGACUUCAUCAACCUCGACGAGGACGAGGCCGAGGACUUUAACAAGGAGUGGGAGAACAAAGCCAGAAGUCGCUCGGACGUGCCAAGAAUUACGGCCGGCUCCAACCCGAGGAACCGCCACUCCUACGGCGGCCAUUACAGCGUCCCCGCCAUCACUGCCGGCUCAAGUCGAAGUCGAAGAGAACGCUCCUCAUUGGUCAGCCCGCGCAGAAGCAUUCGUUCGCCGAAGUUGGCGCUGCCCAGCUCCGGCCAAUCGCCGUCGUCGCACAGGUAUCCGCGGCAUUAGAUUUAACCCAUAAUUAACCCCCUGGGAUAAAGGAACUCACUUAUUCUUCAACCAGGACCCCCUACAGCCCUCCCUCUCAGACACAGCAGCCCAGAAAAAGUAAGAAUAUAAAAACAGUGUCUGGAAGUCCACCACCGCCAGAUAUGCAAUAAAAAAAAUUGGGCGAUGCAGAGCGAUAUUUUUAAACGUUUCCAUGGCCUUAUUUUUGUAACAUUCGGCAUAUUGUUGACUUAAAAAUAUCGCCAUGUGUCAAAAAGUAUUGUAAUUUAUAAAAACGUAUUUUUUAAAGCACAAUCAUAACAAAGCAAAAAAUCGAUGUUUUUCCAGUAUUUAGUUACUAUAAAAUUAACAUUUUAUUUCCUUCUACUCAGUACAAAGAAUAAUUUAGUUGACAUAACGUAUUUUUGUAUGAAUUAAAAAUCAUUUAUUUUCUUGACUUGAUUGAAAUACCAUAAAUAAAAAAAACGCGUAUUAGUUGUAAGUUGUUUUUUUUUUCAAAGAAAAAGCACAUUGUUGUCAUGUAUGUAUUUUGUCGAUAAAAAUAACUGUAAGGUGAAAUGUGGCAAGUAUGUUUAAGUUGAUGUGCUAAGACAUAGAAAAUAGUCCUUAAAUUGUAAUAUAUAGUUUAAGUUCAUGUAUCUCUUCCUAGGUUAAAUAAAAGUUAUUAUAUUCGA